AUGGCCUUGAUCUUGUUGCUGAGUUUAACGCUCGGAUUAGCUGCCAUCUAUGCAGCUCUUGACUCAAGGCGUAGGAAGCAUCAUCGGCAGCUGCCCCCUGGGCCCGCGCCGACGCCCAUCGUGGGCAACAUAAAGGAUCUCCCACCCAGUGGCAAACAGGACUGGGUACACUGGCUGAAGCACAAAUUCACGUAUGGCCCUAUCAGCUCGAUCACAGUAUUGGGGCAAACCAUAGUGAUUGUAAGCGACUCGAAAAUCGCACUAGACUUGCUGACAAAACGAUCCUCGAUUUAUUCGUCGCGUCCUAGAAUGGCCUUUGCCUCCGAAAUGGUGGGAUGGGAAGACGGACUUGCAUUUCAAGGGUACACCGAUCGAUUCCGCGCCUAUCGCAAAGCAAUUCAGCCUAGCUUUGGCUCGGAGUCGGCAGUCGCGCAGUACAUCCCUCUACAGGAAGUGGAAACCCGUCGGUUUCUAUUUCGCGUGCUUAAAGACCCUAGAGGUCUUUUGCAGCAUGUACAGACUCAGGCAGGAGCCGUGAUUCUUAAUAUUGCCUAUGGCUACAGAGUCGAGCCGUUUGGCCGAGACCACUUAGUCCAUAUCACCAAUGAGGCCAUGGAUGAGUUUGGCCAAGCUACGGUGCCUGGUGCCUGGCUUGUGGAUGUAAUUCCUGCAUUGAAAUAUGUUCCCAGCUGGUUCCCGGGAGCUGGUUUCAAGCGGACCGCCAAGCUUUGGAGGGAGCAUCUUGUUGGUAUUGCCGACAGACCCUAUGAAUUUGUGAAGCAACAGAUCGAAAAGGGAAAAUACACGCCAUCUUACCUUGGUGACAUGCUCAAAACCGGUUAUCCUGAACCAGGGUCGGAGAAAGAACUGGUCGCGAAAUGGACAUCAGCCUCGCUCUAUACUGGUGGCGCAGACACAACCGUUUCUUCUAUCAACUGCUUCUUCCUCGCCAUGGCGUUGUUCCCGGAUGUCCAGCGUAAAGCCCAAGAGGAAAUUGAGCGUGUGGUCGGACCCAAUCGUCUUCCAAAUAUGGCAGAUCGCAUCAACCUCCCUUAUAUUAACGCUGUGGUAAAGGAAGUUCUCCGCUGGCACCCUGUCGCCCCGAUGGGCCUUCCGCAUAUGUCGACCGUCGAUGACAACUACGACAAUUACUUUAUCCCGAAGGGGUCUAUCAUUCUACCCAACAUCUGGGCUAUGAUGCACGAUCCCAAUGUCUAUCCGGACCCCACGGAAUUCCAGCCCGAGCGCUUCCUCGGCGAAUGUCCCGCACCAGACCCCAAAGUCAUUGCCUUUGGGUUCGGACGUCGUGUUUGUCCUGGUCGAUUUUUGGCCGAUAAAACAGUUUUCCUGAGCGUGGCCCAAUCUCUUGCAGUAUUCGAUAUUAGCAAGCCUAUUCAGGGUGGUGUGGAAGUCACAACACCGCACUUCGAUCCUGGCGUUAUCAGCCAUCCUUCCCCUUUCCAGUGUGAGAUUAAACCUCGCACCCCGGAACUUGAGGCUCUCAUUCUCUCUGUUGAGCAGGAUCAUCCUUGGGAGGAGAGUGGUGCGGCUGAUUUACAGAAAGUUGCGUAUUGA